AUGAAAAAGUGGAGUGAAGAAGGAGAAGAAAAAGGUGAAAAGGAGCCACCACCACCAAAAAAGCAGCAAAAUUUAGGGGAAAAGUUGAAAAAUAUAGUAGGCAAAAAAGGUGGACAAUUAACACCAGUGUUGCCUUUUCCUGUUCAAACUAACAACAACUGUGGUCUGCAAGUUAGCAACUUUAUUGCACAAGAUUGUGAGCUAGCGGCUGAACAAAAGAAGCCAGGUUUUAGUCUAGUUAGUGGUGCUUCUGCUAGAAAGUUAGCUGCUACUGUUUGGGAGCUUGAUCAGUAUAAGCUACCUUUUGCUAAAAUGCACAACGGUGGCGGUGGCAGCCGGAGAAACCACCGGUAUCUGCAGCAGCUUAACAGCAACCACCAUCAUCAUAAUCAUCAUCAUGGUCAUCAUCUUCUUGAAGAUAAUCCUCAUGAUCCUUCGCCUGACUUGGGGAGUGCUAGUAGUUUGAGAAGACAUGUCGCAGCAUCACUGAUGCAACAUCACCGGACAAUUCAGAGGAAUCUUAAUGUUGUACGAGCCGUUUCACCUGCAAGUUAUGGCAGUAGCUCUAUGGAGGUAGCACCUUACAACCCUGCUGUUACUCCUACAAGUUCUAUCGAGUUUAGGGGAGGAAACGGAGAGACGAGCUAUAGUCUCAAAACAUCUACUGAGCUCCUCAAAGUUUUGAAUAGGAUUUGGAGCCUAGAGGAACAACAUGCAGCCAAUAUAACCCUGGUAAAAGCUUUGAAACGUGAACUAGACUUGGCCCGAUCCAGGGUCAAAGAGUUAGCCCGUGACCGUCAAUCUGAUCGGCAUGAGAUGGAACUUUUAAUGAAGCAAAUAACAGAAGAUAAACAAGGUCAUGCCAAUGCUGCAAUUCAGUCUGUGAGAGAUGAACUUGAAGAUGAGAGGAAAUUACGGAAACGUUCAGAGACACUUCAUAGGAAGUUAGCUCGUGAGCUUUACGAUACGAAAGCGUCUCUCUCGGCUGCUUUAAAAGACUUGGAGAAAGAGAGGACAUCGAGGGUACUUUUGGAAGAUCUUUGUGAUGAGUUUGCUUGGGGGAUCAAGAACUAUGAGCAAGAAAUGCAUUCCUUGAAGCAUAUAAAUCCUGAUAAAGGUAAUGGUACAAGCUAUAGAGCUGCCCGAGAUGGAAUGAUUCUUCAUAUAUCAGAAUCUUGGCUUGAUGAGCGAAUGCAAACAAAGCAAGAGACAAAGACUACAAAGAACUCUGUAGUGGAAAAGUUAAGCUCGGAAAUUGAGGCUUUUCUUGAAGCAAAACGAAAGGGCAUACAAAAGAACGGGUCAGGUCCUGGGUCAGUGGUGGGAACAACAGCUCGAAGGCGGCAAUCUCUUGAGUCCAUCCCUAUAAAUUUGGCCACAAGUGCCCCUCCUGAUGACGGUGAUGACGACGAAGAUGAUGUUUCUUCUGGUGGCGGUGAUUCACCUUGUUUUGAGCUAGAAAAACCUGUUUCCCAUGUCAAGGAUGAUAUAGUAAAUUCAACAACUAAACCGGAUCAUGGUAAGAAGAAACCUGCACGCGAUUCAUCUAACUUGCAGGUGAAGUUUGAAGAACAAAUGGCUCAAGCCAUCUUAGGUCAAGAACAGGGGAAAGCAACAACUGCAGAAGAAAAUCACAUUGAAAUACCGGAAGAGGAUGUUAGUUUAAACUCAAAAUACUUGGAUAGUUUACUCAAAGGCCAUUAUCUGCAAACAGGAACUGAAAUUGAUGAUUCAGUUAGUAAAUCUGUGUGGAAAAGUCAUCCAAGUCCUGUUCGGGGCUGGACUACACGGCUGCCAACCGAAGAUCUUGAGAUUUCCGGGUCGUCAUCAAAAGUCCCACUUGAGUCGAAGGAACAAACUAGCCUGAAGUCAAAGCUACUUGAAGCAAGAGCAAGGGGUCAUAGAUUGGGAUCUCGUGUAAAAAAGUAAAACAGGUUUUAUCCUGAAUUUCAGAUUAUCUGCUUUCUGUGUGCAUAAUUUACAUAUUGUUGCAACAUGUCUGUUGGGACUUAAUACGCGUAUUACUUGUGUCAGUUUUACAUAGCGCUAUUACAGGUUAUAAAAGAGACCUUUUGAAUGUCAGUAUAAUGCUUAAUUCCUUUCAAA